AUGGCACCGAGUGCACCAAACGCUGAAGCGGAACUAUGGCGGCAGCAAGUGGCGACCAUGGUGGCCGCCGUUUCGAAGCUUAACCUGCCCUCGACAGAAGAGUGGGACCUGAGCAGCCUGGGCGAAUACGACGAUGGAGACGGCACAGACGACGGUCUCCACGCCAGUAGCGGCACCGACGGCCAAGAUGUAUGGGACUUUAUCUCGGACGGCGAGCUGGAAGAGCUCGGGCUGUUUGGCGAGGACGUUGAAUAUGCAGGUGCAAGCGAAGAGACGAAUGCCGAGGUGCCGUACAGCCCCAGCUGGCUGGCGACACGGUGCCAGGCGGUGUCUCUACGAAGCCAGGCGUCGUCAGAGUCAGCAACAGCGCUACCGGCCGACGUUCUGCAGGUGCAGAUCAUGGACGUGCUGCAGUCAUCACGGCCAGAAGAGGAGCUGCAGUCACAGCUGACGGACCUGGUGGGCUUUGACGACCUCGACUUUGUGAUUGAGCUGCUCGCACACCGGGACGAAAUAGUGCUGGCAGGCCUGACGGCGCUGGCGGCAGAUCCUCUCCCGACGACGACAGACAAUGGGGUGGUGAUGGUGGAGGGCCAGCGGCUGCUCACAAAGGCGCAGAGACAGGAGCAGCUGCGGCAAAAGGACUAUGAGCACAAGACGGCAACACUGGCGUCGGCCUCGGCUGCGGAACCGCAGUACCCGCACGUGUACCGAGCAUACAAUGCGGGCAACACGCUCAGCUUCUCGGGCAAGCGGUACGCACUGCCACCGGGCACAACGACGCAUGAGUUUGACAAAUACACCGAGUACUCUCUGCCGGCCGGUCGCAAGGGGACGUUGGGGCCCGGACAGAGACUGCUCCCGAUCUCGGAGCUGGACGGACUCUGUCGUGGCACGUUCAAGGGCUACAGGACACUGAACCGGAUGCAGAGCCUGGUGUAUCCGGUGGCAUACCAGACGAGCGAGAACAUGCUGAUCUGUGCGCCGACGGGCGCGGGUAAAACAGACGCGGCGAUGCUGACGAUCCUACACACGAUCGGACAAUACUGCCUUCCAAACCCGAGCGAGGAUGCGACGGUGAGCGACUUUGCGGUGGACACGGAGGACUUCAAGAUUGUGUAUGUGGCGCCGAUGAAGGCGCUCGCGGCAGAGAUUACGGAGAAGCUGGGCAAGCGGCUGGCAUGGCUCGGAGUGCAGUGCCGUGAAUACACGGGUGACAUGCACCUGACCAAGGCGGAGGUGGUGCGGACGCAAAUUAUCGUGACGACGCCGGAGAAGUGGGACGUGGUGACGCGGCGGGGGACGGGCGACACGGAGCUGGUGCAAAAGGUGCGGCUUCUGAUCAUCGACGAGGUGCACAUGCUGCACGACGAGCGCGGAGCGGUACUGGAGUCGCUGGUGGCGCGGACAGAGCGGCAGGUAGAAAGCACACAGUCGCUGAUCCGGGUAGUGGGCCUCAGCGCGACGCUGCCGAACUAUGUGGACGUGGCGGACUUCUUGAAGGUGAACAGAUUCGCAGGGCUGUUUUACUUUGACGCGUCGUUCCGACCGGUGCCUCUGGAGCAGCACUUUAUCGGAGUGAAGGGCAAGGCGGGCAGCCGGGAGAGCAAGGAGAACCUGGACGCGGUGGCGUUUGAAAAGGUACGGGAGAUGUUGGAAGCUGGACACCAGGUGAUGGUGUUUGUGCACUCGCGACGGGACACGAUGGCGACGGCGCGGAUGCUGUUCGAAAAGGCGACCGAGGAGGGAUGCGCGGAGCUGUUGGACCCGAGCGGUCACCCACGAUACGAGGCGGCAGUGGCAUCGAUCCGACAGUCCAAGGCACGGGAGAUUAGAGAGCUGCUAGGCAAGGGCCUAGGGAUUCACCACGCAGGAAUGGCACGAGCAGACCGCAACCUGAUGGAGCGGCUGUUUGGCGAGGGCGUGCUGCAGGUUCUCUGCUGUACGGCGACGCUGGCAUGGGGUGUGAACCUGCCGGCGGCAGCGGUGGUGAUCAAGGGGACGCAGGUGUACAAUGCAGCGGAGGGAAAGUUUGUGGACCUGGGUAUCCUGGACGUGCUGCAGAUCUUUGGCCGAGCCGGACGGCCGCAGUUUGAGGACACGGGCAUCGGGAUGAUCUGCACGACACACAACAAGCUGAACCACUACCUGACGGCGGUGACGGAGCAGCUGCCGAUCGAGUCGCGGUUUUCGGCGAAGCUGGUGGACAACCUGAACGCCGAGAUCGCGUUGGGGACAGUGACAUCGAUCCCAGAGGCAGUGCAGUGGAUCGGAUACUCAUACCUGUUUGUGCGGAUGCGGCGCAACCCGAUGGCGUACGGGAUUGACUGGGCAGAGCUGAGUCAGGACCCGAUGCUGGUGCAGCGACGACGACAGCUGGCCGAACAGGCAGCACGGACGCUGCAGCAGAGCCAGAUGAUCAUCUUCAACGAGACGACGGAAGAGCUGCGCAGCAAAGACGUUGGCCGGAUCGCGAGCCAGUACUACAUCCUGCACACGAGCAUCCAGCUGUUCAACGCAAUGAUGCGACCACACGCGACUGAGGCAGACGUGCUGGAGAUGGUGUCACGGUGCAGCGAAUUUGACAAUGUGCAAUCACGCGACAGCGAAAGCAAGGAGCUGUACCGGCUGCGAGAGACAGGGACGGCGUGUGACGUGGCGGCCGGGCUGGACACGCCGCAGGCGAAGACGAACAUCCUGCUGCAGGCGUACGUGUCGCGGGUGCAGCCCGAGGACUUUGCGCUCGGCAACGACCAGAACUACGUGGCCCAGCAGGCCGGCCGGAUCAUGCGAGCUCUGUUUCUGAUGGCUCUCAACCGGCGAUGGGGCCAUCAGUGUCACGUGAUCCUGUCUCUGUGCAAGGCAGUGGAGCAGCGAGUGUGGCCGUAUGCACACCCGUUGCGGCAGUUUGAGCAGCAGCAACGAAUCCCCAAGGCAGUGCUGGCAGUGUUGGACUCGAAGCCGUUGACGACGACGUCGAUCGGGGCGCUGCGCGACAUGGAGGCGGGUGAGCUGGGCAGCCUGGUGCACAACCAGGCAGCUGGCAGCAAGCUAGCACGAGUGUUGCGCAGCUUCCCGACGCUGGCAGUAGAGGCGACGAUUGCGCCGCUGAACCGAGACGUGUUGCGGGUGCGUCUGGUGCUGCAGGCCGACUUCCGGUGGGACGAACAGAUGCACGGGUCGUCAGAGGCAUACUACGUGUGGGUAGAACACUCGGAGACGGCGCAGAUGUACCAUCACGAGUACUUCAUUCUCAGCCGACGGCGGCUGCACGAGGCACACGAGCUGAGCUUCACGAUCCCGCUGGCCGAGCCACUACCAUCGCAGAUCUACGUGCGAGCCGUAUCGGACCGGUGGCUAGGGGCCGAGACGGUGACACCGGUGUCAUUUCAGCAUCUGAUCCGGCCAGACACUGAGAGCGUGUACACGGAGCUGUUGGCGCUACAGCCGCUGCCCAUCUCAGCGCUGGCGAACCCGGUGUUGGAGGCGAUCUACGCGGAGCGAUUCCGGUUCUUCAACCCGAUGCAGACGCAGAUCUUCCACACGCUGUACCACAGCUCGGCCAACGUGCUGUUAGGAUCGCCGACAGGCAGCGGCAAGACGGUGGCGGCCGAGCUGGCGAUGUGGUGGGCGUUCCGCGAGCGACCGGGCAGCAAGGUGGUGUACAUUGCGCCGAUGAAGGCGCUGGUGCGCGAGCGGAUCAAAGAUUGGGGGCGACGGCUGGCCGGACCGGCCGGACUGCGGCUGGUGGAGCUGACGGGUGACAACACACCAGACACGCGGACGAUCGGCGAGGCGGAUGUGAUCGUGACGACACCAGAGAAGUGGGACGGCAUCUCGCGUAGCUGGCAGACACGUGGAUACGUGCGCAAGGUCAGCCUGGUGAUCAUCGACGAGAUUCACCUGCUGGCAGGCGACCGAGGGCCGAUCCUGGAGAUCAUCGUGUCGCGGAUGAACUACAUUGGGGCGGCCACGGGCAGCUCGGUGCGGCUGCUGGGAAUGUCGACGGCGUGUGCCAACGCGACCGACCUGGCCAGCUGGCUGGGGGUGCAGCAGAGCCGAGGGGCGCUGUUCAACUUCCGGCACUCGGUGCGGCCGGUACCGCUAGAGCUGUACAUUGACGGGUUUCCAGACGUGCGGGGAUUCAGUCCGCUGAUGCAGUCGAUGAACCGGCCGACAUUCCUGGCGAUCAAGAACCACAGCCCGGACAAGCCGGUGAUUGUGUUUGUGCCAUCGCGACGACAGACACGACUGACGGCCAAGGACCUGGUCAGCCUGUGUGGGAUGGAGGACAACCCGCGACGGUUCCUGCGGGUGGACAGCGAGGACGAGCUGCAGACACAGCUGGCACGGGUGCAGGACGAGGCGCUGCGCGAAGCACUGGCCUUUGGCAUCGGGCUGCACCACGCCGGGCUAGUCGAGUCAGACCGGGCGUUGUCGGAAGAGCUGUUUUUGGCGGGCAAGAUCCAGGUGCUGGUGGCGACAAGCACGCUGGCCUGGGGCGUCAACCUGCCGGCACACCUGGUGGUGGUCAAGGGCACGCAGUUCUUCGACGCCAAGACAGAGGCCUACAAGGACAUGGACCUGACGGACGUGCUGCAGAUGCUGGGCCGAGCUGGACGGCCGCAGUUCGAUACGACGGGCGUGGCGCGGAUCCUGACACAGGCGAGCAAGAAGGACUUUUACAAGCACUUUCUGCACACGGGCUUCCCGGUCGAGUCGUCGCUGCAUACGGUGCUGGACAACCAUCUGUGCGCCGAGGUGGCGGCCGAGACGAUUGUCAGCAAGCAGGACGCGCUGGAUUACCUGACCUGGACCUUUUUCUUCCGGCGGCUACACAAGAACCCGUCGUAUUAUGGGUUGGAGGUAGGGGGAGACGAUGUUGAGGACGAGGAUGCAGUUCGAGAGACGACAGCUACAGACUCCCUCUCGGCACAGCGACGGGCCAACACGUUCAUGGUCGAGAUGGUGGACCGGGCGAUGCACGAUCUCGAGACGUCGCAGUGUGUGCGGCUGUAUCCCAACGGCGACGUGGAUCCGACGGCACUGGGUCGCAUCAUGAGCUACUACUACCUAUCGCAUCGGACGAUCCGCUAUCUGGCACGCCACGCGAAGCCGAAGGCCGGCCUGGCCGACGUGCUCGCCUGGAUGUGUCACGCGGCCGAGUACGACGAGCUGCCGGUGCGCCACAACGAGGACCUGAUCAACGCCCAGCUGACGGCACCGGCCUUUGGGCUGCCCUUUGCGGCCACGGCCUUUGGGCUGCCGCUGUGGGAUCCACACGUCAAGGCGUUUCUGCUGCUGCAGGCCCACAUGGCCCGGCUGGAGCUGCCGAUUGCCGACUAUGUCGGCGACCAGACGAGCGUGUUGGACCAGGCCGUACGCAUCGUGCAGGCAGCCAUUGACGUGCUAGCCGAGCUGAACCUGUUGUCGAGCUGUCUGGCGAUGGUGGCGCUGCUGCAGGGAAUCAAGAGUGCAGUGUGGCCGACAGGAGAGGUGGUGGAGAUAUUGCCGGGGGUAGAGAUGAGGGGGAACGUCGACAGAGAUCGAGACCGAGAUCGAGACCGACACACAACUCUUCUACAGAUUGCCCAGAUGAACGAGCCCCAGCGGAAACAGCUGGCCCGCUCGCUCGGCGUGCCGGCCAGCCAGCAGGUCCGCUUCCUACGGGCGGCCACGUUGCUGCCCAACCUACAGGUGGCCAUCGGUCCGGUCACGACGACGUCCGUCACCGUACAGCUACGGCGGGCCAACGCACUAACCAGCCGCGAGGGCCGCAUGUUUGCACCACGCUUCCCGAAACCGCAGACGGAGGGCUACUUUGUGUUUGUGGGGAAUCUGGCAAGCGACGAGGUUGCAAGUGCAGACGGAAAUCCUUCCGAAAAAUUGCCUUUUGCCAAGGCCGUCGUCAAACUCCCACCGGCUGCUGCAAAGGCUGGUCGUGUCGAUGUGCUCGUCGUCAGCGAUGGCUAUGUCGGACUUGAACAUCGGAUCCUGGGCGUGGAGAUUCCGCCAGCGCCGACGGUCGACGGCGUGGAAAAGGGGAAGAAGGGGGAGGAGAAUCAAGAAGACCAAAAUGGCCAAGUUCACCCCUCGAACGCCAAGUCAGCUAUGGCUUCUGCGUUGGCGCCUGCUGACGAAGAUGUGACCAGAAAGGUGGUUUACAAGGACACAGACACCUUUUUCGAGGUGAUCAAUGAUGUCGAUAGAGACUGCGACUGGCAGGUCUUCACAGGCGUUACACAAAACGCCUUUGAGGAGAUCAACCGCGAAAGGGAAGCCCGGGGUCGCAAGAUCCGGUUUCGUUACUUCCCUGAUGACGAUCUCCUCCAUGUUACAAUCCCGACAGGUUUACACGAACGAGGUCAUCUCAACCUGUAUAACGCGAUAACUACACAAAUGGGCCAAAUGAGCCAACAAACUCAUGAAUCGUGGAAUUGCAGUGGUGCUACCACUUACGCGGGUAGGGUUGGCGCAUCUUCGGGGGAAGGCGACUCAGGUGGCUACCCUGACAGUCGCCUAGCGGAUUCCCAAUGGCCUACUAUUGUCGUUGCGUCAGGAGUAUCGCAAUCAUUUGGCGACCUCGAACGAACCAUGCGAUGGUGGUUCUCUGCCUCCAACCACCGGGUUAAAAUUGUAUUAUUGGUCAAGCUCCACCGCGAUAAUCGGACGAUGGAGAUCACAAAAUACACCGAAGGUCCGGCUGGCCCUCGAUUUGGGGCCACGAACACUAGGUCCUCCACCAACAAUGCAGCACUGGCGCCGUUUCCUCGCCAAGCCAUCAGGAUAACGCAACAAAGAGGGAAUGACAACUCCAUCACUUACCACAUCACUAGUGGGGCGUUGAUGCUGGAGUUCGCCCUUCGCUUUUUGCGGCAGCCCAACCCGGAUUAUCAUGAGAGGGACAUCCUCAUUUCUGUCCGUGCAUUGCGCAACAGCGACGACCAACGAGACAACACAACCGGGCUUGCGCUGGCCGCAUGCUAUACCCUCCUCCGAUUCACUACCGACGGCACCGGCAACGACCACACAACAGGCGGCGCCUGGUUACAACCAGCACCGGAAGGUGCACUGCAAAUUUUUUCUUACUUUGUCGAAGACUGGAACCGGGCGUACGUGGCCAUGCGCUCGUACAUGGACCGCCGGGCGGGACACCAUGUGUUGUUUCCUGCCGUGACGCCAAAGCUGGCGAGAGAGAGGAUUGAUUGCAUAAAGCCACGCAAUUUUGGUGCCGUUUUCGCCAUUGUUCUUCUCACCCUCCCCAAGGGCUAG